GGGGCUUCGUGGAUCCCCGCCCAAGACGAUAAGGCUCUAUAAAAGGCCCCGGAAGCGCUCAGAAGCAGGGGUGGGACGUCGGAAAGUGUUUCCGGUGGGCUCCUUCCAAGCGGAGUUCUGCGCUCUGCGGUGCAAACUUCUGCGGAAAAUGUUUUAUCACAUUUCCUUGGAGCACGAGAUCCUGCUGCACCCUCGCUACUUCGGUCCCAACUUACUCAACACGGUGAAGCAGAAGCUCUUCACCGAGGUGGAGGGGACCUGCACCGGGAAGUAUGGCUUUGUGAUCGCUGUCACCACUAUCGACAAUAUCGGUGCUGGGGUGAUCCAGCCAGGCCGAGGUUUUGUUCUUUAUCCAGUGAAGUACAAGGCUAUUGUCUUCCGGCCCUUUAAAGGGGAGGUGGUGGAUGCCGUGGUCACUCAGGUCAACAAGGUUGGACUUUUCACAGAAAUUGGGCCCAUGUCCUGCUUCAUCUCUCGACAUUCCAUCCCAUCGGAGAUGGAAUUUGACCCAAACUCGAAUCCCCCUUGUUACAAGACAGUGGAUGAGGACAUCGUGAUUCAGCAGGACGAUGAGAUCCGCUUGAAGAUUGUGGGGACACGUGUAGACAAAAACGACAUUUUUGCUAUUGGCUCUCUGAUGGAUGAUUACUUGGGACUUGUGAGCUGAAUGAGGGAGCCUCCAGCCUUGUUUGGUCCUGUUUUGAAAAGUAGGACUUUUCUACUUGGUACAUUGUCCACAGUACUGGCCACUGUUAGGGAGGCAAGGAAGGUUCCUUGCCCCCAGAAGACUUUGGGUGCUUCUUCUAGUUGAGUUGUGUUCCCAGACUCUGACUGUAACCAUAAGCAUCCUUAGUUCUCAUGGGAACAUUGUCUUCUCUUAUUAAGAAUAAGAGCUGUGUAGCUGCAUUUGCUAUUUUGUGGGUUCUUCUUUUUCCCACCCUCUAUCCCCACCACCACUCACAGCAAAUCUGAAUCUAAUUUUUUUCUUCAACCAGUUUCCCUGAACAACAACAGCCACAGACCCCAAUGAUUGUGAUUCUUGGCUCUAGCAUGUAUAUACCCUGUGAAAGUUCCCAGAAUUCCAAAUGUCACACAGUCACAGAAACCAUUUGCAGAACAUGAGACAAAUUAUUGUCAGCUACUGUAAACAGUCUAAAGUAGUCCCAUAUCCCCAUCCUAGGAUUAAAAUGAAACGUUCUUAUGGUAUUUCUGUGUUU